AUGUUCAUGCACCCAUCAGUACGUAAAGGUGCCAUCACAGAACCAACCUCCACUCCCUUCAUCAACUAUCCCGACUCCGUCUUCAUCCAAGACGACCAGUUCCUCCCCGAGUACUCCCAGGACAUUCCCUUUCAGUAUCUCAGCCAGGAGCAACCGCGCCUGCAGUCGCCCUUCCACUAUCGCCAGGACUUAACCUUUGCCUCUCCGCCAAACUCCGUGCCAUCGUCUCCUACCUCGUCGCCAGCCUCCUCUAUCUCUCACUUUCCCGCCACAACGGCAGCUUCUGCUGAUUACGCUGCCGUCUUUGACGGGUCAUCCUCCUUUGAAGCGCCGUCAAUGACCCCUGCUCCUUCCUACAACCCUGAGAUUCACAUCCAGCACUCCGGUUCGCCACAGCCGCAGUCGUACCUGCCUCAAUACCACCAGCAGCAAUUCGUCUUUAACAACUCUCAAAUGUUGGCGCAACAGUACAUUAAUAACAACGGGUGGGAGAACAACGCGCAGCUGUCUACCCCAGCUCAUGCCCACGCUAUCCCGCGCAUGGCACACCAGUACACCACUUCACAACAGCAGACACCCAGCUCAUCAUCAGGGCGGUCGCCAGGGAACUCAUUCAACGGCGGCAACAACUACAGCAGUGCUUCCACAAAGCCUCUGCCUACGCCGGUGCACACCCCAGUACAGCAGACGUUCUUGACUCCUCAGUUCCAGAAGAACGGCCCGUCGCACGAUGGUAGCUACUCUUUCAUGGCGGAACAGCAACAGAACCAGCCACAGCACCAGCACCAGCCAAGCGACCACUCUCACGCGGCAUCCGUCUCAACUGUGAGCCACAACUCUCCUGUCACUCCUCAGAACCAUUAUGAGGACGUCGACGACAGCUCCAAAGCUGCUGGCAAUGACUACAAUGCUGUCAAUGGCCUUAUCCCCAAGCUCAACCGCACAAUGACCGACAUUUACCAGGACGAUCUGAUCAACCCAGCUGCCGUGACGACGCCACAGGCUGCAAACCAGUCUUCCAGUCAGCAGCAUGCUUUGCUAGCUCCGUCUUACCCCAACAUGAUCGCGAACCGUCUCCAGGCCGCAAACUCUGCCCGAACUCAAUCACCCGUUGGGUCAAUCCACCGGGAGCGCUCUCCAUUCAGACAAAACUCUCCUCUGGCAGCAGAGUACGAGAAUGACGCUUUCCGACAGCAGGCAGUGACCAGCGUGCCCACCAGCCAAAAUGGAAUGGCCAUGCAGCACCAGCCUCAAACUGAGCAGCCAAAGACGAUCUCCCCCAAGGAUGCAGUGUUGAGCGACUUCAACGAGGGUGAUGACCAGGGUCUGCACAUGCCCUACCAACCCGACUUCAAUCUCGGUGAUACUCUUGGGCUACGACAAGACAACACCUUCCAGGCCCCGAGUUUCCCCUCGAUGGACUCGUUCCCUGCGCAAUUCAACCAAGCGCCCGCCUCAACCCAGCAGUUCUCAUUCAACCACCCCGAGCAAAGUCGCAGGCAGUCCCUACAGCAGCAACAGAACUUCCUACAGCAGACCCCGGAUUUCCCGGCGUCAAUGCCUCGCUUUGAGUCUACGGGAAGCGAUGUUUACUCUAAUGACAUGGCGUCGCCUUCUAUGUCAAGGACAGUCCAGCGACCGCAAAACACUUCUGCAGAGGGUGGCACCUACACUUGCACAUACCACGGUUGCACAGAACGUUUCGAGACACCCUCGAGGCUGCAGAAGCACAAACGCGAUGCGCACCGUCAAACCACACCGGGCGGUCACAUGGUUCCUCGCGGCGAUGUUUCGUCACGCAACUCACAGGCUGGUCCCCACAAGUGUGAGCGGACAAAUCCUUCGACAGGGAAGCCCUGCAACUCGAUUUUCUCCCGACCUUACGAUCUUACGCGGCACGAAGACACGAUCCACAAUGCCCGCAAGCAAAAGGUCCGCUGUCAUUUGUGCACCGAGGAAAAGACCUUCUCGCGCAAUGAUGCCUUGACACGGCACAUGCGGGUUGUGCACCCCGAAGUUAACUGGCCAGGCAAGCAAAAGCGCAGAGGCCGCGAGUAA